CUACCCCACCUGCUGCUGCUAGACGUCAUUUGACGGGCCCCUGGGCAGUGGGGGGGGCAGCAAACAUAACAACGCCACCACCCGGGGCAGCUGCAGCUGAAGAGCUAUGACAUCAUCACGACGGAAACACCAGCUCGCCGCCUUUAAAGAAACAGCAACACCCCAAGCCCCCUUUUCGCCUCGAGACCAAAAAAGAAGCAACUCACCAAACCAAACAGAACCAAAAAAAAUAAACCAACUUCCCAAUUGAGACCUUCGCAAACAAGAACCACACACACCACACUUACACCACCACACAAAUCACAAAAAAACAUGUCGUUCCUCACAGAAGCCGCCGCGCGCCGCGUCGCCACGCUCGGCGUGCCGCGAGCCAUGGCCGCGUCAGCGCCGCGGGCGUCCUUCUCGUCGAGCGUGACGAUGCAAAAGUCGGUCAUGGACACGGCCAAGGACACGCUCAAGACGGUCGACCGGGCCGUCAGCGACAAGCUGGUCGACGGGAUCGACAUUGCUACCAACGUAUCCGCCAAAGUCAAAGAAGCCACCGAGCAAGUCCGGCAGGGCAGCGCAGCCGACACGGCGUCGGAGCUGCAGCGCAAGGCGCAGGGCGCCGCGUCGGAGCUAGCGGGCAAGGCUCAGAGUGCGACGGGGCAGACGGAGGGGUCUGCGGCUUCGGCGGCGGGGCAGGCCAAGGGGGCGGUGCACGAGUGGGCGGGCAAGGCGCAGGGCAAGGCGGACGAGGUGGCGGGCAAGACGUCGGGGGCGGCGUCCAAGGCGGCCGGCAAGGCCAAGGGCGCGGCCGAGGAGGCGAAGCGGAGCCUCUGAAUGCCUUCUACUCUCUUACCUCGCGUAUGUGAAUAGAUGGAUGGAGCUUACGGACGGGGAGGUGCCGUAUAACGAGCCAUGACUCGCGGGAGGGACGAGAUGAAGGAGAGAAGCAUGACUAGAUGCUACUGGUAUCUUCUACCGCUCCUCUUCAUGUACCACCUACCUUUUGUACCAUAUUCACUUAUCGGCUCGCGUGUUGCUGCCUUGAGCUACAUCACACUGCGAGUUGCUUGUAUUAAGGGAUCACGCCGGGCGGUGGAGAGUAGUUAGAACAGACUGGAAACGUUAUUCCGUGAUUCUUGUGCUGCCGUGAAAAGUAUACCACUACCCAUGCGUGACGAGAACGAAAUAUAAUGCCA